AUAAACUGAAAUAAUCAAUCUAACUGCUCCACUUCUCUUCCCAGCUUCAUUCAUAUGUCAAUUGCUACUAUAAAAAAGAAAAAGAAGCCCAGCUUCGUUUAGGCUACAAUCAACCUCCCCCUACAUUUCUCAAGAAAAAUAUAAUAAUGUCCAGAGAAGACGAUGAUGACGAUGCUAGACUUUUUAGCUGUUUCAAGAAGUAUGAAGAGAUUGUCAAACAGGUCCUCUUAUUUGAUGAGAUGACAGAGUCAAUGGAUCCUAGCCCAAGAUCAUCAAAGAGGAAAACUAAGCAGAACUGUAGAGGUAAUAAUAGCAAAGGUGCCGGUGGUACUAAUGGCUCUGUGCUCGACCGCCAAAGCUUUGAUGAAGUGAUUGUGCAGACGAUAACAAAGUUUCUUCAUGAUCUGAAUGCUACCACCAUUGAUCACUCUAACCCCGAACCACCUUCUGAUGAAUGAUACAACAUAACACUACAAAUAUACACAUAUAUAUAGGAUUAAAAUGUGAUCGUCAAAAGUGUACAUCCAGCAGAAUUAUAAGUGGCAAAAGCAUUUGUUGUUAGAGGUGAGAUUGUAAUAAUUCAAACUAGCCUUAAUUAAUUCUAUUUGUUUGUUUGUUUGUUUC